AUGAGUGAGAGCGGGGAAACGACAACCCUAAGCAUUUUCUAUCCUAUCCAGAACAUCUAUCGUGAAUGCGAGUACAGGCAUCUCUUGAAGCAUGGGCACUGGAAUUGUCAUCAUUGCUGUCCGUGCCCGCGCCUUUGCCUCCGGGAAAAGUGUACGAAGGCUCUCGCGCUCCAACCUCUGCUUGGAUGUGAAGGAACGUAUCGACGUCCGAAGGAAAACCAAGAGCACACCGUAGUACAGCGUCCAGAGGAUCUUUACAGUACUCUUACUAAGAACUGGGGAGCGUACGAACUUAACCUUUUUAUUCUUGAUGCGAGUAAGAGGGAGGCCGUGUCUGCAUCCGGCUCUCUGGAAACAGAAGUGGUGGAGGAGCUACCCGAAGAAUCCGGCUGUAUUAUUGCGCUUGUCUCGAAUAGUGUUAUUCACCAUGUACCUUUCGGUUCUACUUUACAAGAUGAACGGGCUUCGAGUUUUCUGAAAGCUGAUUCUUUUUGA